AUGAAUAAAUGGACCCUAAAAUUUGAGAAUCAAGCUUUGGAGAAUUAGUUUUAAGCAAAACAAUAAGAUUAUCACAAAACCUUUAUUUUAAAAGUUAUAUCUAUAUCAUCCAUUGUACUACAUAUAGGAAAGCUGAUUUAAGAUUCAACUUAAAAUAACCCAAUAAGAAUUGAAUUACAAACUCCAGGAUUGAUUAUUUCAAUAAUCGCUUUGGUUGUGAUAUUUAGAUACCCUUAAUACUCCUCAACUAUGAUGAUUUUAUUGAAUUACUCAUUUUCACUAGUUUAAUUUUGGGUUGACAGUACAUAUGGUUAACAAAGAAGUUUUCUUCUUGGGUCCAAUGUGAUGGCAUCUUAAAUGCUUCUGAUGAUGUCAUUAGACUUCUAUUAGAUAGUCCCUUAGAUCGUAAUACAACUUAUUUUAAAGCUUAUAAUAAUGAGUCAAUAUUAUUAAGAACAUUUGAGUAUGGUUACAGUCUGGUUUAGUGUACUUAUAUCAGUCAUUUCAAUUGUUUCUUAUUAUUUGAUUGGGUAAGCCAAGAGAUAGCAGUUUUUAUUGACGGUUAAAGAGGACAUAUAUUCACAAUUUUUAACGAAAUUUAUUUCAGUUCCUUUCAUUUUAUUUGAAUACUAAUAAGAAUAAUUUUAACCAAUUAUAUUAAGUAAACAAAAUAAGAUUAAGAAGUGGAACCCAAAUCUUUGCGAUGGUUGUAAUCUAAGGAGUUUGAUUAGGUACAUUACUUUCGAAAAUUAAACGUUAGAAAAUUAUUUAUUGGAAAAAUAUGGCAAAAUAAAAGGCUCAUUUUAAUCAGGUAACACAAUUGAAGAAUUUUCAUUUGCAUUUCGAUGUUACUCUUAGAUUGAUGUAAUAAUCACGAUUACUGACAAAAUUAAUUUUUUAGUUAAAUUUACAGGCACAUCAUAAACCUUGUAAGAAAAGGUUGCUAUUGAUAAAAUUAAUCAUUUUUAUCGAUUGAUUCGAGAAGUUUUCAAGUGUAUUAAAAAACCUUAGAAAUACAAAUCCUUAUUGUUUGAUAUUUCCAUUCAAUUUAUCUCAGGAUUUUAUUUAUAUGGAAAUAAGGAAGUUCAUUACUAUCCUGUUGAAAUUUUAAAGAAUGUCAUUAGAUUUAUUGGAGCAAACAAUAUUUUACUGAAUGCUGAAUCAUCAACUGGAGGGUUUAGUUUAAUAGGAUCUAAAAAUUAGUUUUCUGUUUUUUUUCUCUAGAUUUGCAGAAUAUUAAUUAUCAUAAAUAAUGAACAUGAUUUUAUUGUUAUAAGGGUUAACAUAUCAUAAGAGGGUUCCUUAGUAUUUGAAUUUUCGCUCAAAUGGGAGAAUCUAUAGAAAUUUUAACAUCUGUAUAAGAUCAACUAAUUUUUGCAUUCUUUGGAGUUGGUUCUUUUUGAAAAAAGCAUUGACUUUCAACAGAACUGUUAAUUAAAAAUGAAAAGAAUGUAGUUAAUGAACUAAGGAAUGUGA